ACUUACUACCUUAAGACAGUUGGCUGAUCUUGUCCAUGGUGCUGAACUCCUCUAUUGAGAUAACCUGGUUAAAGACAGCCUAUUAUAAGAGAUGAUCAUUUCGUAUCCGUAAAAAAGAAGUCAUGGUAGGUUUCUGAGUCAGUCAUGGCAACGGCAGGCUUGUAAUCCUAUGCCAAAAAUGAAUAAUUAACCAACCUAGACAUAUUAAACUACACACAUUUAAGUAAUGAUUGUAGUUACAAUGCAAAAAUAAUUUGAAUGCAAUUUUAUUUGUAUCUUUUUGACUUUGAAGGUUUUUUGUGUGUAUAUCUUCCUGAAACUUUAACUUUUUCGAGUAGGUGAAAGAUGACAAUUUGCUAUUUAUUGUUUGCCAAAAUACUUUAGUCACAGAUAAAAAACAAAAAUUUAAGACUGAGAACAAGUAUAGCCAAAUCAUGUGUUCAUAUUUAACAAAUGAGUCUGAUGCUACUGGGACAGUUAAAGUUUCUAGUGGGGUAUUGGGUGGACUCUGGGAGGUACGUGGUCUCCAGUCUCAACAAAAGCAGAAGUACACAAAUACAUUUAUUUCUUAUUUUUUCUUCUGUAGAUUACUUAUCAUUUAAAACUAAUAAUAAUCUAGCAUAAUUUUCCACCUUCCCCAAUUUUAUCUCUUAGUCAUUACAUUACAUUAUGCAUUUGGCAGACGAUUUUAUCCAGUGACUUAAAGUGCAUUUAAAGUAUGCAUUGUUUCCACAAUGUGUAUUCCCUGGUAACUGUUCUAACCAAUAAGAAUCAAAUUUCGUUUUUCUUUUUUCAGAGUGGCUUUGAAAUCUGAUAAUUUGGAGCCUGCAGGUGCAAAUAGCAUAUUAAAGGAAAUGUAUAACAUACAGAAACUGUCUGUAGUGAAACUGCAAAAUAUAUUCUUCCUUUUACAAGGCAAACAGCUGUGAAAUAGAGAAAUGAAGAGAAACUGAGAAAUACGAAUAGUGACUAAAUGCCCGAAACAUAUUGUUUUUCUUUAAUAGUUAUAUUUUUAUUCAGCAUUGUUAUUAGUAUUUAUGUAUGUAUAUUCCUGUUUAUUUUGUUAUUGCAAAAUCUCUAUGUAUGUUACUUUCCAGUUCUUUUAUAAUUACAUCAUCUUUUUAAGGACCAUUUUCAUGUAAGCUGGAAAGACAUGUCUGGUUUCAUACACCUGUCAUCAAUUAUAUUCCUUGACUAAAUGUCCUAUAGGCCUUGAAAUACUAUUUAAAUACAUUACAAUUUUUAUUUGAGGACUAUAACAUUUGCAAUAAUAUACCAAACAUUCUAUUCUUAUAUUUAAAAAUGUAAUCCUUUAAAGCGGCCAUGGCAUGAACAUCUGACUUUUUCCAUGUUUAAGUGCUAUAAUUGGGUCCCCAGUGCUUCUAUCAACCUAGAAAAUGUGAAAAAGAUCAACCCAGUAACUUAGUUUUGGUAAACCAUUCUCUACAAGCGCAUGAAAAAAUAGGUCGUUGAAAUUUGGCUCUCCUUAUGAUGUCAUAAGGAGCUCUUAUUAUAAUAAUACCACCCCUUAAUCCGCACGAUUCAACCACAGCACUGCCAUUUAGUGCAGAGAAAAGCACAAUUGAGUUUUAAUUGCAUCAAACCACCAUCAUUGCACACACAUUUUUGCAUACACCUACAAAGUGGCAAUUUUAACAUGCUAUAAUACAUUAUUUAUAUGGUAUUUUCAGCUAAAACUUCACAUAUGUGCUCUAGGGGCACCAAAGAUUUAUUUGACAUCUUAAAAAAGUCUUGUGCCAUUGCGCCUUUAAUAACAUAAAGUUGCUUGAGACAAUAAUACAUGGUAAAAUAGCACUAUAUAAAUACGUGAUAUUUAAAUACUUCCAUUAGGGAAACUACCCAUAACUACAUGCUUGCUUAGAAAGAAAACCAAGGGGAAAUAAGAGAAGGUGGUGUGUGCUCCCGUGAGAUGGAAGUAAUGUGGGUAUUUUCCAAUGGUCACACAGGUGUCACACAGAGUCUUGCGGGUUAUGCAUGAUAAUAAUAAAUAGUACAAUAAAACUGUUUUAAACUGUGCAACUGCCUGUAUCUAUUAUGAGGACUACUACAAGCUUGUAUUACUGCAAGAUGCAACAAUUAAGAAUUGUUUACUCAAAAAUUCACAAAUAAAACUUACACAGAAAAUCUCAUUGUACUUAAUGCUUUCACUUCCUCCUUCACUAAAGCAUAAAAGUGAGGAGCAGUUUUCACUUCUAAUGAAACAAAACUACUAACAGGAGUGAAUGCAUGGGAGCUGCAGACAUAACUGCACAAAACAAGAGGUGAAGCCUUGCUAAGCGUCCAAAGAUUCUUCAGUAAAAAGAAAGAUGCUGUGUGAAAGUAAGCUGUGGUGUUUGACGUUCGAGUCUCAAUCUGAAUGUGCAAGUCCUCCAUCAUCUUGCACAGUUCCACCAUCAUCACCUCCACUAAGUAAUCACCUCUCGGCCCAAAUCCUAAUCCACACAUCUGUAGAUCGACAUGCCGAAACAACCUCGACCAAGUCGCAGCAAAGCAAUGUCCAUUCGUCCUCCAUAGACCCAUCUGCAGUAAGGCAGCUCUCUCCAGGUAUGGAUAUCCCCAGGCAGACAGAUUCACCAGAAACGGAGGCGUUUCUGGUGCCUUCCAGCUGCCACAGCAUCUGCCAACACUACAGUGAUCUACACAUUGCUGGUGGCCAAGUGAUGCCUCUCAGCCCUGGUGCAAGUGACGUACAAGGAGACCACAGUCAGGACCCCCAAACUGGUCCUUUCCUUCUUUCUGGAGAUGUUCCUACACCAUCCCUGCUCCCUCCGUUGGUCCAUAAAUACAGAAAUUCAAGGCGCUGGAGGGACGAGAGUGCCCGUGAACGUUCCUCUCUUAUGCAGCUCGGUCGCCCGCUUUCUAAUUCACAGCUUAAUAGCUACCUGGAACAGCAGCUCCUGGAGCUGUACAGGCAGUACCUGACCGAGGGACCCGCAGGGAUGAGGCCGGUUAUGGCCUCUGAGCUUCUGCAGACCAGCCUGGACCAGAUGACCCUUCAACUGAGCCGAGAGCAGAACAUGGAGACAGCACGGGCCAAAGACAUGUUGCUCAGCUGCCUGCUGAAAGUCACCAGCAGUUACCAGUCCAGUGAGAUCAGCACACCUUUACUGCAGAUCUCUACUGAGACCAAGUGAGAUAGAUUAAGGCAGAUUUUAAAGAGAAGAUAGUUUGGUAAAGAAAGAAAUGUUGUAGCAUAUUUUUCAUCAGUGUUGUAUCUUAAAACAAGCAGAAAUUUCAGUAAAUCUGUGAAGUAGUAACAAUUGUGACUUUGGAGUACUGACCAGAGUCAGAUUUUUUAUAACAUUGUAAAUACCAAAUGAAUAAUCUAGUUCUCACCUGCAAGAAUAAAACCUCUUCAGCCUUUAUCUCCUAGUCAAAUUACUCAAAACUUUUCCUAAAUUCACCUCUUUGUUCAUUUGGCCAGAACUUAAAACAAAAGACAUUUAUUACCAAAUUCCAAUAAAAUAUAAAAAAAAUUCCAAACUUGGUUCCACUUUAUCCUGUUCCCCAUAUCUUAUUUACAGAUAGCCUGAAAUCAUGGUGUGCUGCUAUAUUUUGAAUUAACUACUAAUUUGAUUAAGACUAAUAAAGUUCACCCAAAAAUUAAAAUUCUUCAUUUACUCACUCUCAUGUUAUUCUAAUCCUGUAUU